AUGCCUCCCUCGGCGCAAACUACCCGCUUGGUAUCCAACCUCCGACUCCUCAUACCCCGUCUCCGCCUCCUCCAGAAGAAAGACACCGCUUCCUCCGUCGUCCAACGUCGCGAACUCUCCCAGCUCCUCAGCGAAGGCCGCGAAUCGUCGGCGCGUAUUCGGGUCGAAAAUGUCAUCGCUACCGAUAUUGCCAUCGAGGUGAUGGAGAUGGUCGAGCUGUACUGCGAACUGUUGCUGGCGCGCGCCAACGUCCUCGAUCAGCUCGCUUUCGGGGAGAAAGGGAGUCGCGCACGGCUGCGCGCGAAGGAAUUAUACAAGAAGCAAAACCAUCCACAAGCUGGGUCGGCAGGAGCAAAGCUAGCGGAAAGUUCAGGGUCCCGGUUUGGCUUCUCCUGGCUAGGGGCAUCGCAAAAGAAGGAGACCAGUGUCGCGGCAAAUGACUCUAGUGAAGCGCUGAGCGAUGAGGAGAACACAUAUAUGGACACAGCACUGGACGAAGCAGCCGUCGCCAUCUUCUACGCUUGGCAUCGCUUCCCGCACGAACUGCGCGAACUCACCAUGCUUCGCAACAUGCUCGGCGAGCGAUAUGGCAAGGAGUUCAUGACAUUGGCACAGGAGAAUAAGCUGGAUUCCGUCAAGGUGCCCGAUCGACUUCAGAAGUCACUGCGUGUCCGUCCACCUGGGCAGGACUUGGUGGAACUCUACUUGCGCGAGAUCGCAAAGGCAUAUGGCGUCGCAUGGCCGGCUGGGGAAAGGCAAGAAGAUCUAGGAAGUGCACCUCCUGAGUUCGUGGACGAGACUCGAGACGACGGUGACGACGGCCAACGGGGCGAUCUGCCUGCCACCCCGAAUAAGCCGCGUGCAGGCGCUACCGAGGCUAGACGAGCUUCGGAUGCCAGUGAGCUCAACAAGGCGACACCUCCGCGCGGUCUUGCAGCUGGUCGCAGUCCUGUCAGCGUUGCUCCGCCUGCACCGAGGACGGAUAAUCCCAAUCCUCGCGUCAAGGUGCCCGGGUCGGAAGAAACUGGUCCUGUGAAGGCGGCCGAUACAUCAGGGCCACAAGGGAAGAGCAAUGGAAAUGGGAUACCAGAGUUGGACGAGUUGACGCGGAGGUUUGCGGACCUCAAGAGAAAGCCUUGA